AGAGAGAAACUCCUUGUUACAAAUUCACAACAUUCGCUGCUUUAUAUUCAGAUUGUGUCUCGGUUGCAAUCACUCAACAUUUACGGAAUCACCCCCUUCGCUUCUGCUGCAAAAAUCUCCGCCAAGCAAAGGCGCUUAUCAACAAAAACACUAAAUACUAUUUACAAUACAUACCAACAAAACAGCUUCGGUGAAAUUAUUUACUUACCAAGAAGCAACUAGUAAAAAAAAUCUUUCCUUAAUAAUAAUAAUUACACACCUACCAAAGUGCUUGUUGGAGAUUUAUUUAAAAAAAAAAUUUCUUUUCUCAAAACAAACGUACCGCACAAGAAAUACUUUAUUUUGUAUUUAUAUCACACACACACACACAUCUAUAAACCCAUCUCUGUAUAUUUAUGUAUAUACAGUCCUUUAUCUGUUGUAUACAAAUACUAAGUUUUUCUUCAUAUAUUUUAUUAUUCGGAAAUUAACUCCUAAAUAUUUUAAAUUUAUUUAAACCAAACUUGGAAUUACAUUUAACGGUCAAGAUGGAAAUUCUUAAAGGUCGAGGUAAAACAAGUUUUCAAGACCAAUACCAUAUCCACCAUCUUCUGGGCAAAGGUGGUUUUGGAAUAGUUUACAGUGGAUCGCGGAAAAGUGAUAAUCGACCGGUUGCUAUAAAGGUAAUUCAAAGAAGAAAGGUGAUCGACUGGGCUCAACUAAAUGGUGUUCCCGUAACGCUGGAGAUUGUUCUGUUAAAGAAAGUUGCUGGCAUUCCAGGCGUUGUUCGCAUGCUGGAUUGGUUCCUUACAAACAACUGUUUUAUCAUUGUCAUGGAACGUCCGGACCCAGUUAUGGAUCUCUUCGACUACAUCACUUCUAAAGGACCAUUGAGCGAGGAUGUUAGCCGUCGUUUUUUCACUCAAAUCGUACAUACUGUGAUGAACAUUCAUGAGUCUGGUGUUGUGCAUCGCGACAUCAAAGACGAAAACAUUUUGGUCGAUUUGAAGACUGGCAUGCUUAAACUUAUCGAUUUCGGAUCUGGUGCUCUCCUUAAGGAUUCUGUCUACAUGGACUUUGAUGGUACCCGCGUGUACAGUCCACCAGAAUGGAUUCAGAGCCAUAGCUACUACGGACGCACUGCCACCGUCUGGUCUCUUGGUAUCUUACUAUUUGACAUGGUAUGUGGCGAUAUUCCAUUUGAACGUGAUGACCAAAUCGUUAAAGCUGAACUCCAAUUCAAAGAUAACUUAUCCAAAGAUGUUAAAGAUUUGAUUCGCAAAUGUCUGUCUGUCCGUCCAUCUGAUAGACCCAGCCUGAAAGAUAUACUAAAUCACAAAUGGAUGAAAGAUAUCUCCGCACCAAUUGAUUUUAAACAGAUUAAUCUUGAUCAUCCCCCAUCAAUAGCCGGUGCAGCUAGCUGUAUGGCAGAGGCCCGGAAUAUAUGAAUGAUUCCAAAUUGCAUUAGGAUUUUUUUUAAAAAGAAGAAAACAUGAACUUUUUAAUUAUUUAAAAGAAAAAAAAUCAAAGCCACGUCUGAGUGUGCAGUGGUGUCGUUCAUUCUGUUCAAAAUGAGUUCAUUGUGUACAUAAAUAUGAGCUAGCCAGAGGAAUAGCUCCCAGUUUGGGUUAGCCCUGACCUCAAACAAUGCAGCAACAUGGGCAGUGAUGAUAAUCGUAAUCCAAGCCACAGAUUUGCUUGCCAAAAGUGAAACAUACUGGCCCUUGGAGAUGGGGCUCUCCAAGGCCAUCAGUGAAAGAAAUUAUGAAACCCAUUUGGUUGAAUCCAACCAGAACUUUUUUUUUUUUUUUUUUUUUUUUUUAAGAAACGUAUUUAAGACUAAAGCAAAGCUUUUUUUUUUUUUUAUCCAUAAUUUAAAAUGGGUUGGUUUCUUUUAGUUUAUUAGUUGAAGGGACCUUGUACAGUUUAUAUAGACUGUCAAAACAGCCUAUGUAAAAAAAAUCCUCUCCGUCCGAGAGGUGGAUUUUUUUUUUUUUUUUUUUUUUUUGCAACAUUACAAUGCAUAAUUUUCAUUAAAAGAUGGACGUGCUCUUCGUGUGUGAGCGCCCUGUUAAGUCAAGUGGUGCUAACUGCAUCAUGGAUAUGCAGCCAAUCAAUGCAAGUUUACUUUGAAGCCAUUUUUUUUUUUCUUUUUUCCCCCCUCCCAAUGGCGCUUCUAUCAUUACAUUUGUAUGUAUGUGAAUAUUUAUCCUCCAUGUGUGUAUGUAUACACACACACUCACUCACACAUACAUACACCAGCCGAAAAUUCAUUCUCUGCAUAACCUUAGAUUUCAUUUUCAAAGUAACCCCCCCUCCUAUUCAUCAUUAUCAUUAUAAAUGUUCACAUUUUUGUCGGCAGGUGUAGUUAUUAACGUUUCGAGUCUUGUUUGUUUUUGUUUUUUAAGUAUAAGAGGGUGGGGGUUAUUUGAUGAAAAAUGUUUAGUUUUAUAAAUAAAAAUAUUUUUGAAAAACUUUUCUAAUUUAUAUUGAAGUAUAAAAAAAAAUAUAUAUAUAUAUAUAAGCAACUUCCCUCUUCAUCACCUCUUAGCCACUUCUAUUUGGGACCUUAAAAUAUGGCAUGUGGAACUAAAACAAUCACUGGGUACACGACUUUAAAAUUGUAGAUUAAAUUCUAUCAACAGAUUUUAUGAAAGAAAUCUCAUUCAAAUCAUCCCUCUCUCAUCCUUCACCGUUAUCUAGUCUAAAUUUUGAGAACAAUGGAUAAUAUAUACAAAUACAUCAAAAGACACAUUUAAUAGACUGCUAUGAUAUAUGCGUUUGUGUGUGUGUAUAAUUAUAUUUAAUAUAUAUAGUUAUUCACAGCCCAGUUAGUCUGCUGGGUCAACAAGCGUAAGAGGGCCAAGAUGUCUGUCUGCUUUUGGCUGUAUAGGCACCAAAAGAUUAUAAGGAAGGCAUAUUACAGUUACUAGGUUUAAACCUUAGUGAUAGCUUUAUAUAUCAUAUCUGUGCACACACGUUUUCCUCAUUUCAUGCAAAAACAAAAUUUUUUAUCCUUUACAAAUAUACAUACAUAUUUCUUUACACAGACACGACAAAUUAUUGCGGCAAGGCAUCGUUACUUCAUAGAGUAUUCCAUUAUCAUUGCUGCAAUGAUUUUGUUCCAUAAUUCCUCUUUGUCAAAAUUUCCAUUGUAUAAAAUCGUUUUUAUUUCUCAGUCAUUUUGUGAGCCCCCUUCAUCCCCCCCCCCUCGCCACAUUCCUACAUACUCUAAGGUAGCUUACCUAUCAUGAGAGAAUUUACCAAUCCAGCAUCUUUCUGGCCACCAAUCAACCCUGGUUGGUUGUGACGGUGGUAGUAAGUGUUGGUGUUCAUCAUAGUAGUUGGUCACUUUUAAUUAGCCCUUCCCUUAACCUGCAUCAUUAGGUUAGUCCCUUAAUCCUUCUGUCUCCAGAAUAUAAAAUUCAACUGGGUAAAUGCUAGGGUGGGAUGGGGGCCACCACUGCAACAAACAAACAAACAAAUGUAUAUCUAAGAGGUCCUGGGAGCAAGGUCUCCUUUGGAUGUUGGUGAUGAAUCUCUUGGAGUUUUUAAGUUAUCCACUAAUUUGCAUUGUAAAUAUGUUCAGAUUCACAUUAAAUGCGAGUGAGUGUAUAUAUUGAGUGAUUGGUUUAUCAUACCAAAAUAGGUGUGUGGAAGUGUGAGUGCAUAAAAAAUUGUAUUUUUAUUAAUAAAAUUAAAAAUUCUGAAUUUUA